AUGAGGCUAAGUCCAGAGAAGCACUUUUCUGAAGAGGAACAGUCCCCUGGAGCGUUGCUGGAGAGCUUUCUCGAGGAAAGGGCCAGGGACUGUGAAGAGUCUGUAGAAAAUCGGCAGGAAAACUGCAAGAAGCAUCCAAGACGAGAGCCGGUCCCCCAGAAGAGACCUUCUGUGGAGAGAGGCUGCCAACGUGAUGAAUUUAGAAGGAAUUUUAGGCAGCGGUCACUACUUGUUCAACACCAAGGAGAGAAACUUGAUAACUGUGGUUCACUUAAGAAUUUUACAAGUUCAGAAAUGAUUAAACAAGAGAAAACACGUGCAGGGAGGGAACCUCGGCAAUGUAAUGAGUGCAGGAAGGCGUUCAGUUACUACUCCGCCUUCAUCCUGCAUCGGAGAACUCACACAGGAGAAAAGCCCUACGAGUGCAAUGAAUGUGGGAAGGCCUUUAGCCUGAGCAUACAUCUUACCCUACACCAGAGGAUUCACACUGGAGAGAAGCCCUACAAGUGUCUCAAGUGUGGGAAGGCCUUCAGCCACCGCUCAAUCCUUAUUCGACAUCACAUAAUCCACACUGGAGAGAAACCCUAUGAGUGUAAUGAAUGUGGCAAGGCCUUUAACCAGAGCUCCUACCUCACUCAACAUCAGUGAAUUCAUACAGGAGAGAAGCCUUAUGAGUGUCACGAAUGUGGGAAGGCCUUCAGCCAGAGCAUGUUCCUCACCCAGUAUCAGGUUAUUCACAUUGGAGAGAAACCCUACAAGUGUAACGAAUGUGGCAGAGCUUUUAGUGACUGCUCAGGCCUCCUUCAGCACCAGAGAACUCACACUGGGAAGAGGCCUUAUGAGUGCAAUGAAUGUGGGGAAGUCUUCGGCUACUGCUCAGCCCUGACAAAGCACCAGAGAACUCACACUGGGGAGAAGCCUUACAAAUGCAAGGACUGUGAAAGAGCUUUCAGCCAGAGCUCAUCUCUUACAAAACACCAGAAAACUCACACUGGAGAAAAACGCUAUAAAUGUAAAGAAUGUGGAAAAGCUUUUAGCCAGAGUUCAUCUCUUUCUCAGCAUCAGAAAACUCAUGCUGGAGGGAAAAACAAGGCAUAUGGACAGGCCUGUAGUGAGUGUUCAGUCUAUGGCCAACACAAGAGUAUACACACAGGAUAA